GCGUUGCUUUUCGGUGCUCGUGCAUCAUUCACUAACAUUACAGGGCUAGUGUCACCAUCAACGAUACAAGUUAUCUAGCUAGCUGCUAAUAAAGCUAAAAACAAUCAACAAAACAGACACAUUUAAGCACACUGAUGGAUUUGACAGAGAAUGUAAGUGCAAAAAUUGCAGCUGGCGCAGUCGUUUGUGUGGAGAGUGAAAUCAGAGGCGAUGUGACAAUAGGUGCGAGGACUGUGGUGCAUCCCAAAGCGCGUAUUAUAGCAGAAGCUGGACCUAUAGUCAUUGGAGAGGGGAACCUGAUUGAGGAGCAAGCCCUCAUCAUUAAUAGCUAUCCUGAAAACAUUAUGCCAGACUCCGAGGAUGUGGAGCCCAAGACGAUGACAAUUGGAAUCAAUAAUGUGUUUGAAGUCGGCUGCGUAUCCCAAGCCCUGAAAAUUGGAGACAACAAUGUCAUUGAAUCUAAAGCGGACGUGGGCCGUAACGUGAUGCUGACUAGCGGCUGCAUCAUCGGCGCGUGUUGCCAGGUGAACACGUGUGAGGUCAUCCCAGAGAACACUGUCAUCUAUGGGUCCGGCUGUAUGCGGCGGAUCCAGACGGAGAAGCCACAGCCUCAGACCCUUCAGCUGGACUUCCUGAUGAAGAUCCUACCGAAUUACCAUCACCUGAAGAAGACGGUUAAGAGCUCAUCCACUCCUGCCAGGAGCUAACUUUAUGUCUCACAGGAUUCCAAACACGCUAGUCUAAUUAGCCACAUUAAAGAACUCAACUUGCACAAAGUAAAACGUGUAUAUCACUGCAUUUUGUUGAUUGCUAUUUAUAUUUAUCUACCGGUAUGUAGACCAUUGUUAAUUUACUUUGUUUUGUUUUCUAAUUUUGUUUUUGCUUGAUAUCUUACAGUUAUUAAAUACUUUUUAGUCUCA